UUUUUCCCCCUCUCUCCCUUUCUUUCCUCCCAAAGGUAAUAUUCCAAAUGAAAAGAUCGCCAUAUGGCUCAAAGAUUGCAGAACACCUCUGGGAGCCUCCCUGGAUGAACAAAGCAAUCCUACAUUGAAGGGCAUGCUGGUGAGAAAUGGAGGAAGUUUUGAAGAUGACUUAUCCUUGGGAGCGGAAGCUAAUCAUCUACAUCAAAUCAAUGACAAAAUGGAGACAUGCAAUGGUAUGUUGGCGAAGGAGAGGAGACAUCAGUUCCACCAGAAGGGGAGAAGUAUGAAUUCCACUGGUUCCGGAAGAAGUAGUGGGACUGUUUCAAGUGUUUCUGAAUUACUGGAGCUUUAUGAGGAAGACCCUGAAGAAGUACUCUAUAACCUUGGAUUUGGAAGAGAUGAACCGGAUAUUGCUUCUAAAAUUCCAUCAAGAUUUUUUAAUUCAUCCUCGUUUGCAAGAGGGAUUGAUAUUAAAGUGUUUCUGAGUGCCCAAAUGCAGCGCAUGGAAGUGGAAAAUCCAAACUUUGCUUUAACAAGUCGUUUUCGUCAGAUUGAAGUGCUUACUACUGUAGCCAAUGCUUUUUCUUCCUUGUAUUCCCAAGUUUCUGGGACUCCUUUGCAGAAAAUUGGCAGCAUGAAUUCAGUGUCUUCCAACAAAGAGACCCCAAAUCCUCCUCCUUUAAAUCGAAGCAAUACUGCAAGUCGUUUAAUGAAGACCUUAUCAAAACUCAAUCUGUGUGCAAACCAGCAGGCAGGAGAAAGUAGCAGUUCCAUGACUCCCCCAACUGUUGAAAAAGGGAAUACGCCUCCUGGCCAAGGGACUGAAGAAAAUGAUAUAAAAAAUGAAUCAAAAUUACCAAAACUCUUAAAAAAGAAAGAUUCUCGAUCUCUGGCUACAGUAAAAGAGGAGAUCUCUAUUAAUCAGCUCAAUCUUGGAGACACACUUAAUGCCACAACUUUUCCUCCUGGAAUUAGUGACAACAAAGGAACUCAGGAUGAUACUGUGCCUCACGUAGAUGAGCAAAAUGAUCACUCACCAAGUCACCAGAAUGGGUUGUCUGAAGAAUCUGGUAUUGUGGACUCCUCCAAUCUCACCAGCGAUGCUAAUAUGCCUGCAAAUAACGAGCUUGAAAAUAUCACUGAGCAGAAAAAUCCGUCUACACCAGAUAAAGAAUCUUAUGCUCCCAUAGCGUCUCCAUCCAUAACUAUUCUAAAGUUACCACAAAAGGACUCAUUUGAGAUGGAAGAGAUUCAGAGCACAGAGGGAGAAGCACCACAUGUUCCAACUUCUCACCAGUUACCUUUGACCAAAUCAAGAAGAGAUCAUCUGUUGCGAACUGCUAGUCAGCAUUCUGAUAGCAGUGGCUUUGCCGAAGAUUCUUCUACAGAUUGCUCACUUAGUCACCUUCAGGUUCAUGAGUCUUUGCAGGCCAUGGGAAGCAGUGCUGACAGCUGUGACAGUGAAACAACAGUGAAGUCACUUGGUGAAGAGAUUAAGAUGCCAGUAGCCAAGGGGCAGGUGUAUUUCAAUGAAUUUGAGGAUGAGGAGGAAUUUCUCCACACAGACAUGGAAACACCUAAGAACAGAACCGGAGAUGUUGAGAAAAUCAUGGCACAUGGACCUGGUGAGACCCAAGAUAGUAAAAGCAAGCAGAUUCAGACAUCUGAUAUGGAUCAAGGGGAUUUCAGUACCAAAGGUGAAGAGUUUUCCUCUGAGCUGAAGGAAUCUGAAUUACUACAGGAAGGCAGUGAUGAGAGUGAUCUGGACAAAAGCAGUGAGUGUGAGUUUCCUCAGUACCAAACACACCAUAUUCUCAGAUCAACGGUAUCCAUUGAAAGCAGCAGUUCAUCCCCUUCUGCUGUGGACAGAGUUAAUGUUGCUCUGCAAAGAGCCCAGAUGAAGAUCAGCAGCUCUCCUGACUCCAGAACAGGGCGCACUCUACUCACGUCAAAAGAUCUCCUCAAAAAGCAGAGGCACCGCUUUGUUGGAUCAGGUUAUCCUCUGAGGCGGGCCCAAUCCCUCCCUACUUCAUUACUGAAUCCUGUGAGAGUGGUGUCUUCAGUAAAUGUCCGGUUAUCUCCAGGAAAAGAGACUUUGUGCAGUCCCCCUUCUUUCACCUACAAGUACACACCUGAGGGGGAAGAGAAACUGGUAGAUGAGGAGAAGUCAGUGACCAAGACCAACAACAGUCCAGCUACGUGUAAAUCCACUCUGUUCAUUGCCCCAUCAACCAUGAAAAAAGAAACUCCCCAGAGCAGGCUGGUGGAUGAAUCCAGUCACAAUAAACUACAAAGCAGCCCAUUGUCCAUCCCAGCACACAUAUCUCAGUCAACAUGUUCUCUCCACUCUCUUCCUUCUGAUUGGCAAGACAGGCCUUUGUGUGAACAUAUGAGAACGCUGAGCACUCAUAGCAUCCCAAGCAUCUCAGGUUCUUCCUGCAGUCCACUAGCUUCUGCUUUUGGAUACCCCUAUUCCCCAAGGCAUGUUGGAUAUCCUCAUCGGCCUCAUCCCGUUAACCCACCCUCUACUGUUGAAAUGCAGUUGCGCAGAGUCCUGCAUGAUAUCCGCAAUUCUCUGCAGAAUCUCUCUCAGUACCCUGUGAUGAGAGGACAUGAUCUUGCUGUUGGCUCGUACAGUACUCCAAGAUCAUCCAUUCUACCUCUGUAUGAAAAUACUUUCCAGGAACUACAGGUAGUGAGGCGGAGUCUAAACUUGUUUAGAACACAAAUGAUGGAUUUGGAAUUGACAAUGUUACGUCAGCAAACAACGGUUUAUCAGCACAUGACCGAAGAGGAAAGAUAUGAAGCUGAUCAACUCCAGAGUUUGAGAAAAUCGGUGCGCAUGGAGCUACAGGAGCUAGAAAUGCAGUUAGAGGAACGUCUACUUGCUCUGGAGGAACAGCUUAGAGCUUUACAUGUGUCUUCACCUUACAGACCUCAGACAUUCACGGGCAUAUAUGGCAGCAGAAGCACUGAUAAUCUGUCAUGCCCUUCUCCACUGAAUGUAAUGGAACCAGUCUCUGAGCUUAUUCGAGAACAGUCAUUUCUGAAGUCAGAGUUGGGAUUGGGACUAGGAGAACUUGGUUUGGAAACUCUACCAGCUGAGGGAUCAGAGUCGCUGUUCUCUCAUGGAAACUCGGAUUCUUCUUCAGUGUGCUCCAGUCAUACAAGUCGAAAAGCUGCUAUACACUCCUCUGAGCUGACUGGAAAAUCCAAGACCCAAAGCAAGAAGUUAUACCGAGCAUCUGUGGCCUUAACACCCAUUCCACCUGCAAGAGCAGGCACUGAGCAGCAAGCUGAGUGCUAUGUGGAGUCGGGAGACUUCAAAUCACGGGUAGAAGAAAAACUUGAAAAAGUCCCUAUCGUGCCUUCAGCUGACGAAAUUCACAGAAACGUAGAGAAUGAGGAGCUGCAGCAAGUCAUACGGGAGAUCAAAGAAUCUAUUGUUGGUGAAAUCAGACGGGAAAUAGUAAGUGGACUGCUAGCAGCUGUAUCAUCCCCAAUUAGAUCUGCUAAUGCAAAGCAAGAUACACAGCCGUGAAACCGGUACUACAGGAUUGGCAUAUGGACCAGCAAAGCUGUGGAAUUCUGCUCUUGGAUCACGUACGCUGGUGACGGUGUAAAAUUAUGUACUUUGGCUUCACUACAGCUGCUGAGAGAGGCUACUGCAUACAAUGCUUAGUUCUAUGAUGCAUUCCUUAUCUUCUUCUUAAGUUGACAUAUAAUGAUUUAGACAUUUUGCUUAGUUUACUAUUAUCCAUAAACUAUCAAGAAAACUAUGGUCAUUUGAAAUACCCAAUAUUUAUUUGUAUGUCCCUGUUGUUAAUUUGUGUGUAGCUGAUUUCUUUAUGGAGAGGUGUGUCAUGAAACUUGAUCUAACCAAUUUAUAAAUAACAAAUAUCUUAAACCUAGCUUUUUUUAUAUGUAUAUGUAAAAAACACUGACCUCUGUGAGGUAAUUACUGUGCAAUAACUGAUUCACUUUGAGAGCUUGAAACAACCAAUAAUUGUUUCCACUGCUGUUACUUAGUGCCACUUCAAAAGAAGAAAAAAUUUCUGUUGUAAAAAUUUCUGUUAAUUCUUGGGGAGGUUACUAUUAGCAGAGUGGUAGAACGAUAUGAGGUUACCUAAAACUACUUAAAGUUCUUACACUGAAAGCUUUCUCCGUAUGCAGAAGAUAACUUUAAUUUUAUUUUGCUUUCUUCCUAUUCCUCCUCCUUUCUUUGAAAAUGUGCCUUAUUUUAAACACUGUACGUGUAUGUGUUGAAGACUUCUCUGUUAUAUCAAGAUGAGUUCUUUUCUGACUUUUAUUAACCAAAAGACAAUAAAAAUACUGCUCUUUGGGAAAAGUAAUGGGUUUUUUUAUGACUUGGAGAGGGUGGGUGGCUAUGGCUGUAUUGGGGGAGAUUAAAGUAAAUUAUCCUCUUCUUCCGUCCACCCCACCCACAUACAACUGGUUGUAUUGUAACGUAGGCCAGUGAAAAUGUGUUUGUUCAGAUGGUUCAAAAUGGAAGAGAAUGGGUUUCAUAUGUGGGGUUUUUGUAUGGUCAAACAGACACUUAAUGGAUGUGUAACGUUUGCCAAGAUUCUCCUUUGUGCCUUUGUCAUUUCUAGCUAUUAAAAAUGUUUAUAUUUUGUCAACGUGUCAAUCAAAGAAUAGUUAAGUAUAAUAAUAUUCUAUAACAAGGCUUGUCUGAAAGACUUAUAAAUGUGUUUGGAAGACGCACCUAAGGGCUAAUUUCCAAAAACAGGAAUAUUAAACCAAUAAAAUAUUUAUUUUGCCUA